UUGGCUGCUCCGACUGCGACAAGACCUUCAAGAGGGCGCAAUACCUGAAGAUGCACCGGCGAGUGCAUACGGGCGAGAAGCCCUAUGGCUGCUCCACCUGCGGCAUGAACUUUCCCCGGUUGUCGGGGCUACAACGACACCAGCGGGUACACAGCAAUGAGCGGCCCUUCACCUGCUCCGACUGCGGCAAAGGCUACAAGUCGCCCAUGCACCUGAAGGUGCACAGGCGCCUGCACACCGGGGAGCGGCCCUACACCUGCAGCGACUGCAGCAAGAGCUUCACCAGCUCCGAGCCGCGGCCAACCUCGCCAUUGCAACCGUUGCUACGGCGGGAUGGGCGGCUCCGAUUGGCGGAAGGAGCUGUGUGCCUGAGGGGCGGGGCUAUGGCUCGACCAAUGGGUCGCGGUCACAUCCGACGGGGGCGCGGCUCUGAAUGGUCGGAUGCAAGGAGGGGGCGGGACCUGGUCGCCGGUCACCGUUAUGGGUGCGAUGUGUGUGGCAAGGCCUGGCAGUACCUGAGCGAGCUGGAGAUCCACCGGCGGGUGCACACAGGAGAACGCCCCUUCAACUGCUCGGAAUGCGGCAAGAGCUUUACCCGCUACGACCGCCUGCAACAGCACUACCCCGUGCACUCCAGCGAGAAGCCCUUCACCUGCUCUGACUGCGGCAAGAGCUUCAAGACGGCGCAACACCUGUACUCCCACCGGCAGGUGCACAUGGACGAGAAGCCCCAUAGCUGCUCCAUCUGUGGCAAGAGCUUUACCCGGUUGUCGGUGCUACGGCGGCACCAGCGGGUGCACAGCAGCGAGCGGCACUUCACCUGCUCCGACUGCGGCAAAGGCUUCAAGUCGUUGCCGAUCCUGAAAGUGCACUGGCGCGUGCACACGGGGGAACGUCCCUACACCUGUAGCAACUGCGGCACGAGCUUCACCCGCUCCAGCAGCCUGGUGGACCACCAGCGCACCCACACCGGGGAGCAGCCCUACACCUGCGCCCUGUGCGGCAAGAGCUUCACCCACUCCAACAGCCUGCUGGUGCACCGGCGCACCCAUACCGGCGAGCGCCCCUACACCUGUGCCCAGUGCGGCAAGGGCUUCACCUGCUCCAGCAGCCUGCGGUACCACCAGCGCAUCCACACCGGAGAGCGCCCUUACACCUGCGCCCAGUGCGGCAAGGGCUUCACCUGCUCCAGCAGCAUGCUGUAUCACCAGCGCAUCCACACCGUCGAGCGCCCCUACGCCUGCGCCGAGUGCGGCAAGGGCUUCACUCAGUCCAGCAACCUGCUGCUGCACCAGCGCACCCACACCGGCGAGCGUCCCUACACUUGCGCCCAGUGCGGCAAGGGCUUCAUCUCCUCCAGCAAGCUGAUGAAGCACCAGCGCACCCACACCGGCGAGCGUCCCUACACCUGCACCCAGUGCGACAAGAGCUACACCUCCUCCAGCAACCUGAUGAAGCACAAGCGCACCCACACCGGCGAGCGCCCCUACACCUGCACCCAAUGCGGCAAGGGCUUCAUCUGCUCCACCCAUCUGCUGUCCCACCAGCAGGUGCACGCCGGCGACCGUCCCGUCCCCAGC